AUGGUAGCGGCUGGAAGGCUGGAAGAGGGUGGAUUCGAUGGCACAAGCAACGUCCUCGCAGGGAAGUUGUUCAACAUCCCCGUGAAAGGGACACACGCUCACUCCUACGUCACCUCCUUCUUGGAUAUGAGCGAGUUGCGAACCAAGACCCUGGCGCACCGGGAGACGGGGCAGGAGCACGACGUGCUGGCGCUGAGCUCGGCGUGGCGCAAGCGGCUGGCGCUGCUGCUGGAGACGCUGGAGAACGAGGCGUCGGACGGCGAGAUGGCCGCCAUGAUCUCGUUCGCCAUCGCCUUCCCAGAGGGCUUCAUGGCGCUUGUCGAUACGUAUGAUGUUAAGAGGAGUGGCUUGCUGAACUUCUGCGCAGUUGCCUUGUCUCUUAACGACCUGGGCUACCGUGCGAUUGGCAUUCGAAUCGACAGUGGAGACCUCGCCUACCUCUCCAACAAGGCUCGAGAGACAUUCGCCAAGGUUGCACAAACGUACAAUAUACCAUGGUUUGAAAAAUUGUCAAUUGUGGCUUCUAAUGACAUUAAUGAAGAAACUAUACUUAGUUUAAAUGAGCAAGAUCACAAAAUUGACUGCUUUGGCAUCGGUACUCAUCUUGUCACUUGUCAGCGACAGCCUGCUUUAGGAUGUGUGUAUAAAAUGGUUGAAAUUAAUGGGCAGCCCCGAAUAAAACUGAGUCAAGAUGUAGCGAAAGUUACAAUGCCUGGACGGAAGGAUGCAUAUCGCUUGUUUGGAGCUGAUGGGCAUGCACUGAUUGAUCUCCUGCAGCGCUCUGUGGAGAGUGCUCCCAAGGUGGGUGAGAAGGUGCUCUGCCGGCACCCAUUCCAGGAGUCCAAGCGUGCCUAUGUCAUCCCCACACGUGUGGAACCCCUGUACAAGGUUUACUGGCAGGGAGGCCAGGUGUGCCAGCCGCUACCAGCGCUGGAUGAAGUGCGGGCACGUGUGCAGAGCUCUCUCCACACCCUGCGCCAGGACCACAAGCGUAACCUCAACCCUACGCCUUACAAGGUGUCUGUCAGUGUGGACCUUUACAGCUUCAUCCAUGAGCUCUGGCUGCAAAAUGCUCCAAUAGGUGAAUUGUCAUAGAGAAGAGCUUGUGCGCACACCACACAUUCGCAUAUAAGAUAAUACAACCAUGAUCAGCACGAUUUCAGAAUUGAAAUAUCGUCAAUAAGGAAUUGUGCUGAAAAUGUUUUAGUCCUCCUAUUGAGAAAUCUUCAUGUGGAGAGUCAGUUGAUUAAAAGAAAACUAAUUUGCUUGCAGGCUACUUGUUAUUGUUCUCGAGAAUGCACGUAGUAAUUGCAUUGUAAAAGCGUAAGAGUGGUUCGGAGGAAGUUGUGGUUGACUGUCUGUGAUGUCAGUACCUUAUGACAACAUGCCUAAGCUACUCAAUAAUGUAUAUUUAGGAAGUUUAAAGUGCCUGCAAUUUUUUUAUUUUUGUUUUAUCUUGCAUCACCUAGCACAAUGAAGUAAUUUAAGAAUACUCUUAUUCAAAUUGAAUCAUUUAUAAUAUCCAUUUUAAAGUAGCUUGAUGGGGCAUUUCAUUUAGAUUUUGUAAUAUAGUUAUUUUAUACAAGUAUACAUUCACAUGUGUACAGACACCUUCAUAAUGUAAAUGAAGAAUCAAUAUUUUUUUAGUUUUGUAUAAAAUGUAGGUUUUAAUAAUUUAAAAUAUAUUGGAAUUGUAUGUUUGUAUAGAUAAAAUUAAUGCAAUGUAGUAACUAGAAAUAUAGAUUUGCUUCUUAUAACACUGAAAAUUAAGCAAAUCUUUUUCAUAGGUCAGGCUGUGAUAAGAUUGAAAUAAAAUUUAAGUAUACAUUGUCUGAGUUAUUUAGUAUCAUAAUACAGUACAUAAAUAAAUAGUUGUGACCUUAAACAUUCGAACUCGUUAUAUAUAAUUCUCAAUUAUGUGUCAUUUUAAUUGAUAGCAUUUUAAACAUUUUGAAUAUUGUUUCUUUACACCGUUUCUCAAUUUCAUCAGGAUCUAAGAUUCUCAACAUGGUACCAACAAUCUUACUAAAGCUAAAUGGCCAGAAAGGGAAAAAUUGAAAUCGGUGGUCUCAACAUAUGGCAAUACAACUCCUUAAUUUAAAAACUGGAAAAUGUAAAACCACUUUGUAAUGUUGUAUGAUAAUGCUCAUCACAAUUAUCAUUUAUAAAUCAAAAACACCCCCAUUCAAUAUUUUUUGUAGAGCCUUUGUAGCAGAAAGAGGUUUUAUUCUUAAUCAAAGAAACUUAAAUAUUACCUCUUUCCUUUAUAUAUACUUACUGCAAUAGUUAAUCUUGAAAAUGCAAGGAAUCUACAAAUUGUACCUUCUAAUAUUGGUGAAUAUUCAUCAAAUAAAUUGUCAUUGGGAACAAAGUACCUUUGAGAUUGCUGUAAAAUGUCAGUCCACUCAUUCAUUGCAUGUUGUGUGAAAUAUUCUUUUAUAUAUUUUUUUUUAAAUAUCUGACAUUUAUUUAUUAAUAGCAGCAACCAAAGCUGAUAUACUCACAACCAGAAAAUGUAUUAAACAAAAAUCGUGUAUCAAAUAAAACCUUUUGUGACUACAUCACAUAAUGCACAUCUA